AGCUUCCAGGGAUGGAUAGGGCCUCGUCUGAUUCCCCCCCCUUCACCCACCCAAGAACAGACGCUGCUGCUCUCUCCUCUCCUCCUCUCCCGUUCGGUCAACGUCCGAUGUUUUCCUCUGCUCUGAACCCAUCCCAUUCCGUUCCCCCACACUCCUCUGCACGAGAUCCCUCUUCCCGCGCGAUCGAACCACCGAACGAAAUCGCGGGGUCGAACAGAACCAGGGCCCAAGCUGCAUCCCGUCUUGUAUUGUACCCCGUGGAGGGACUGCGCCGCUCACACCUCUCCCCUCCCUCCCCGCGUACCUGGGAGACGUUCUCCGUCGUCCCGGAAGAGGGAGUACGGGAGAACAGUUGGUAGGGGGGUAUUCCAGCUUUGGGGGG